UAGUCCGUAGGUAAUCAAUUAAUGUAAAAAUGUGAAAUGUGGAGAAGAUUAAAGGAAUGUCGUUACUUGUCUCGUGUCCCAUUUACUACUUUACUCAUUACUCGGAACUCGCACAACGUCACAAGGGUCAGACGGUGGUCUGACACUCUGAUCACUCGGAAAUCACAUUAUGACGAGAUGACGGUGAUUCAAUCAAAAUAUUGAACUUACCUGUCCUGUAAUGUUGAUUAUGAUUUAGCUGGCGUGAGUCGUGAAUACUCGUGAUGAUAAUCAGUUUUAGUGCUGUGACAUUGAAUUUCGUUAAAUAUAAACAAAUAUGUAAGCCUUUUUGUGUUUGACUGAUUUAGUUAUUUCGUUAAUGUGAUGAUAAACUGCGACAAAUGUUAAUAAUAGUAUGGUUGAAGUUUUUCUAAACAACGUUUAAUGAUUGCUGAUAGAUAAAUGUAAAAUGUCUGCCUUUCCACAAGUUGAGGGUUAUCAAAUAAUAAAAAAUAUUGGAAAAGGAAGUACGUCGACUGUGUAUCUAGCUCAUGUAAAGGAAAAAACCAAAAAUAUGGUUGCAAUAAAAGUUAUAGAACGCAGUAAAUUAUCCAAGAGCGCGGAGGAUGCUGUAGUAACAGAAAUAGGGGUGAUGAAGAAAUUCAAACAUAAACACAUUGUUCAAAUGAUUGAUUUUAUUUGGGAUCGUAAAAAUAUUUACAUUAUUUUGGAGCAUUGUGAUGGUGGUGAUUUGUCAACAUUUAUUAAACAACGCAAAAAACUAUCUGAAAAAGUAUGCCGUAAAUUCAUGCAACAGUUAGCUUUAGCUUUGCAGUUCCUAAGAUCUCAUAAUGUUUGUCAUCUCGAUCUUAAACCUCAAAAUCUUCUCUUAAUGAGGUCACCACAACUAACUUUGAAGGUUGGAGAUUUUGGCUUAGCAAAUUUUAUGAGUGAAAAAACUCAAAUGGAAAAUAUUCGUGGUUCACCUCUAUAUAUGGCUCCUGAAAUGUUACUACUCAACCGAUAUGAUGUGAAAGCAGAUCUUUGGUCAGUUGGAGUGAUUGCUUAUGAAUGUAUAUAUGGACGUGCGCCGUAUGCUUCAGAUUCUAUAAAAGACUUAUGUGAGAAGGUUAAAAGAGUCUCACCAAUAGAAAUACCACCUAAUCAAGUCAGUCCAGAGUGUAGAGAUUUAUUAUUAGGUCUACUCAAACACAAUCCAUCUGAGCGUAUGAGCUAUCACCAGUUUUUUAAACACCCAUUUGUAGACUUAGAUCAUAUGCCUACUACCGAAUCAUAUGCUAAAGGACUUGAAGCUAUUCACGAGGCAGUAAAACUAGAUUCUGAAAAGCAAUAUAAAGCUGCAUUUAAUAAAUAUUGCACAGGUCUGCAGUAUUUGAUUCCUUGUUGUAAAAAUGAACCUGAUAAAAUUAAGAAAGAAGCAUUUCAAAUAAAACUGAAUGAGUACACUAAGCGUGCUGAAGAAUUGAAAGCCACUUUAUAUGUUUCAAGGAUCAAAAUUAGUAGUGAAGAAAAAGCAGAAAACUCUCCAACAUCAUAUGAAGAUGAGCGUUAUCCUACAUUGACAACGUUAUGUCAAAACACACCUCAAUUAGCUAAUGCUAUAGAAAUUGCACUAUCUGGUCAGAUGUAUUUAGUCGAAGGACAAUAUGAAGCAGCUGUUGAAAAGUAUAAGAUUGGUUUGAAUUUGCUGGAGAAGCUUUUAGAAAAAGAACCUCCUGGUAUUCGUUAUAAUUUACUUAUCAAACAGGUGACUGAUUGGACAAAUCAGUGUGAAAAUGCUAUGUCAUUAUUACAGUCCAAAGAUGACAAAGUCAAUGAUCAAGCCGUUGAUGUUCCUGAUGGAUUUUCACCUAUAUCUAAAGGUAAAAUAGAUAAGAAGUCUCCAAAAUUGUUCCGUGUAGUUAGUAGACUAGUUCUGAGAGCAAACAAUAAAAAUAGCUCUUCUCCUGAAAAAAAAUAGAACUUCACUAUCUACCUAAAUUAGUUUUUUAAAAUUAUGUAGCUUUUUAUUGAAUAAUGUUUCAUGCUAUAUUUGCAGGUAAUUGCCUGUUAAUGAGUUGCACAUGUUUGAUUUUACUUGUUGGUAUUGUUUGUAUGUCAAACUUGAAAUUAUUUUAGUUAAAUUAAAUUAAUAUUAUUUGUGAAUUAAGAGGGUAUAACAGUAACAAUUUUAAGAUGUUUGGUGUAUAGAUUGUUUUUUUAAAAUCCAAACUGAAGAAUAAAAUACAUUUCAACAUUUAAAGAAAAUUAUUGAUAGUUUCCAAUAGGUUUAUAAUAACUUUGAUUGCUGCUUAGUCUCAACAUUUUGUCUGGUAAAUAGUUUUAUAUUUAUCCCAAUAGAUUAAGUAAUACUUUACAAUUGUUAUGUUACCUGACCCUGACGAUGAGUGAUUACAAUUAAAAGUUGGAAACAAAUCUCCACUGCCUCUCUGCUAUUAAUAAAAUAGUUUCAGUAACAUUUGUUACCCUCUAAAGUCCUUUCCUGAAAAGGAUAUUAAGCUUAUUGCCUUCUUAAAAUCCUUGUAUUAUGCACUUUCACUGUACUUACAAAAAAGUUUAUAUUUCUAAUUGAUAUAAAGGCAAUUUUAUACUGAGACAAGUAAUGAUUUGUGAUAUAGAUAAUAUUAUGCAUAGCUGUUAGAAAAAGUUACUGUUGCGUUCUCUUAAGUUUAGGAUCUGUAUAGUAAUAUUUUGUAUUUCUAUCAAAAAGACUGAAAAUCAUUUUAAAUUGUGAAAAUGUAAAUAAUUUAUUGAU